AUGAGGUCAGUAGCCCACGGUCGCGGCCCCGACGACGCCGGCUUAGACUCUCAGCAAGCUACUAACUGGAUUCAGAUGAACUACGCCGGGUUCUGGGACCCUAGUCUGGGUCCACAGCCUGGGUUUGUUCCUCCUCCAGGACCUGGAUUACCUCCCGGCAAUCAGCUCCCUCCCGAAGAUGACCUAGCCGAGGCUGUAGAGAAGGGCAAGCGCUGCAGUCACCGAGACAUAUACUAUGUCCCGACAGAUCAAGAUCCAGACAGGUUUCACUGGGUGGAUGAGAAACCGCUUCAUUACGGUGCUACUGGCGAUAAGCUACGAACGAAGAAAACUCGAGAAGCCUUUGCAGUGAAUGUUUACCAUCGUUUCAAUGAGAAAACAGACGAAUGGAUUAUCCACGAAUUACGCAUAAACAGUGAGCUUCUCCAUACGGCCCUGGAGAAGAUAUUGGAAGGCUACCCGGGUCUGACACAACAUGAGAUGAAGUCGUUCUCACCACCAUUUCUCCCGUUCAUUCAUCGAUGGCAAGCGAUGCUUAGCUACAAAGACCAUCUGGACCCGGACUCUGAAACCAAACGCCACCUGCAGUUGCUCCAGGAAGUUCUUGAGCCUCUGCUGAAGGAAUCGUUCGAAAAGAUCGAAGAUGUGAAAAAGACGGGCCAUGUGGCGUUCGAAGACCUGAAUCUAGUGUAUAUACCCGCAAUGAUAGUUCUGGAACAUGAGACCGACUCGGCUGGCAUGGUACGUAGUUGCCAACUGAUGUAUCCUCCUCCGCCCAUCCCGGUAUGCUGGUCGAUCGGCGUUGAUGUGGUUGACUGGGAUGGAAGACGAUGUGGUCUUCUUGCUCAAGCAAAGCGUGUACCCCAAUACUAUGGUCUGCGAGCUUUGACUACACUGGAGGUUUCACCCCUCGACGGACUUCCAAACGAAGAAAAGGUUCGUGAGCGACUUAUCACUCGCGGUCGGAGAUUCGAACAGCUUCGCGGCCAUUUCUUCAAAGCCUUCACCGACGAGUAUGAAGAGCGCGUAAACGAACGAAUGGUCAUUGAUGCGCGAGCAUACCACAAAUUCGAGGCUCCAUCAUUUCCGGACUAUGCUCAACUAUCCGAGAUUGGACAACUUACUUGGGCCCAAUCGAUGAAUCGGUACUCUUCCAGCAUACCCAACACUGCGGGAUCGCCAAUCCAAGUGGACCUUUCGCCAAUGACCGACAAAGAAUGCCUUUUGGCUGUUCACUAUGUCAGAGGUUUCGAUAUUGAAAAGAAGAAGUGGUUGAAGUUGGAUGUCACAAAGAUCCAUGAGAUACCAUGGGCUAAGCGUGCUUUCGACAGUCUAGUACUGGAUCAGAAUGAAAAGGACUUGGUACUGGCUCUGGUAGACCGUGAUCAGUUCAAGCAAGGGAAGCCAUUCGACGACUUCAUCGGCGGCAAAGGUCAGGGCAUGAUUAUGCUUCUUUGUGGUCCCCCAGGUGUUGGUAAAACACUUACCGCGGAGGCUGUCUCGGAACACCUGCGUCGACCCCUGUAUAAGCUUGGUGCUGGUGACCUAGGAACGACAGCGCGUAUUGUCGAGGACAACCUUGAGAAGGCACUAAAGCUGUGCGGCCACUUCGGUGCUGUUCUCCUCCUCGACGAGGCGGACGUAUUCAUGGAGGCGCGCACAUCAAACAACCUUCAACGCAACGAACUUGUUUCGGUUUUCCUUCGCCUACUCGAAUACUACAAAGGCAUCAUGAUUCUGACCACGAAUCGGAUGCGCAGCAUCGACACGGCUUUCGAAUCUCGAAUCGAUAUCACGCUGAGCUACAGCUCACUUACAGAAGCUGACCGCCAGCAGGUCUGGCGUAACUUCCUGGCUACCAUGGAAAACGAGAAGAUCGACAUUGAGGAACCAGAUUUGAUCAACUUGGCAAAGUUGGAAUUCAAUGGCCGUCAAAUAAAGAGCGCGAUCAAAACCGCAAAGAUUCUCGCAGCGAAGAAAGAGGAACCCCUAAAUGCGAACCACCUGAUGGCUGUACUGAACCUGAGGAAAAAGGCCUUGGGUAUGAUGGAUGGUGGGGCGGAUGUGCAGGAACCUGUAGACCAGGCGCCCGAAGCGGAUGAGCUGGUGUUCGUAGGCGAAGUUGGACAUACUAUUGAGUGA